UUAUUGUGAAGGAUUGUGUCCGGAAGUCUCCCUGUUGUUGCUGCUGGAGAGAACGAGGGACGCUUCAUCCUUUUGGCGCAACUAGAAUAAUAUAACGUUAACAUUUAAGUUUUAGGUCAACUAGAUUCGUUACGGUGUCCAACAAUGAUCAUCCCUGUCCGGUGCUUCACGUGUGGGAAGAUUGUGGGUAACAAGUGGGAGGCAUACCUCGGCCUACUUCAAGCAGAGUACACUGAGGGGGAUGCUCUUGAUGCCCUGGGCCUGAAGAGAUACUGCUGUCGGAGGAUGCUCCUUUCUCACGUGGAUCUUAUUGAGAAAUUGUUGAAUUAUGCUCCACUGGAGAAGUGAUUGGAAAUGGUCACCUUCAAGAACUGCAAAGACUUUGUGAGGCUGUGGCAUGGACAGACUCAUAUUAUAUUGAUUUGUAACAACAAAUGCCAACCACAGUGAAGAUUUCUGGAACAUUAAUUUGUGCGCUGAUGUGAUAAUUUUUUUUUAAUAAAGUUGUUAAAAUGACA